UGGUGGUUGGGUUUAUGAUUUUUUAAUGUUUCUUCCUAAACUAAUUAACUAUUUAAUUAUUCAUAUGAAAAUUAGUGAUUUUAAUUUUAUCGACUCUUGUUUUAUUCAAUAACUGACACAAUUUUACACAAUAAUUAAGACUUACUUUAAAGUUUAACACGUCGACAUUUCAACCACUUGAUGGAUACAUAGGAUAUGAACCGUGACGACCUUGAACAUAGAUUUUGGUGUUUAUCUGUAUAAAUUGUCAAGUCAGGUCCCCAGAUAGUUCUCGAACCAGUGAUAUUUUCGCUACAUUACUUACAUCAGAAGAAGUCGGACCGAAAUGCAAAAUUCUGGUCCUCUCAGAUUUGCUGACUUGCCAUGUUUAGUUGGGGAGCGAAUAUGUACUUUUCUGGAACACGGAGACUUGCUAAGCCUUCGUUUAGUCUGCAGACAAACGAAGGCGUGGGUGGAAGCGCCGCGGAUCCUGUCCUCUCUCUGUGUAGAUAUUCGGCGUUCAGCACAUUUAGACCGUCUCCAUCGGACCAAGCGCUCCGUCAACUUCACCAAUUUUAAGAUCAGAAUGGAAAAGUUGGCUUCACAGAGCUAUAUUUCUACUGAUUUUGCAUCUACAUUCGGGCCUCGAAUGAAAGUUCUCAAGAUUUCAUCCACUUCCGCAUGCUCUCGAAAAAUUGAUCUCCUCAUGAAAUGUCCGGGCUUAGAAUUUGUUCAAAUUUCUGACCUUUCGCUGAAAAAUAUAUCUCCCAAAGAUCUCGCCGUCCUCGGUCAAAAUUUCCAAUCGUAUCGCACCUUCAUUUUAGAUGAGUUAACUUCUGCCAGGGAAUCAGAUGUGGCUGUUCUCAUCUCUUGGAUAACUUCUUCCCAAAACUUGAAACAUUUGCGACUCCCACAAAUCCAGUUUGAAAUUGGGUAUCCAAAAAUUGAUCCCGCAAAGAAGAAACCUCCCCCAAUUUUUAACUUGGGUGACAAUGGGGUUGCUGUUCGAGAAAGAGCCCCCUUGAACGAUAUAGCUAAAGAUUUCUGUCACGCCAAUGUUUUAAGUCCUUUGAUUCAUUACAUGAAAGCUGGUACUCUACGUCUUAAGACGGUUGAUUGUGUAAAUCUUUGUAUGGAUAUAAAUAACGACCCAGUUAUAUUUCAAGAGUUAGAAUCAGCCUGUUUUCACAAGAAAGUAAAACUCACAAAUGUCCCGUUUGGUCUACUGGACUGUUCUUCACACAUUUCCAAAACAAUUGCGUCCUGUCGAGGACUACAGCUUGGAAAGGUGGAUGUGAGAAAUCUCACCGCUAUGAAAGAACUUACCUGCUCUGUCGGUUUCGGAAUUUCAAACUCCUCCCCUUCUACUAUCAAUUUUGCCAAAGAACUCGACUUUCCAUCCCUAGAAUCUCUCGACCUCAACAUUUUCACCAUGCAAGAUGACAUUCCACGCCAAACCGUACAAACUUUGUUGACCACACGUCGCAUUUCUCUGACUAAACUGUGCGUAGCCUGGAAUUUGAAUUCAUCAUCGGUCUGUCCCAUUUCUGGGUUGCAAAUGGGUCAAAGCUUCCCUAAUUUGGUAAUUCUCCACUUGACCGAGUGGGGUGGAGACUGCGCCGAAUUCCAAAACUUAUUUCUGGGCCUGCAACAACUCCAAGAACUUUCCAUAAAGGAUUGUAAAACUCUUUCAGAUGAUGCAUUCUGUGGAGAUUUGAACGACAUUAGUCCAUUCAGAAAGUUGACGAAAUUGCGCAACCUUCGGAUUCGCUGUUAUGAUAAUGGUAUAACUGGCCGCAGCCUGCAAGAAGCAUUCUCCCUCAUCGCACUGCGCAGUUUAUCUAUUAGCUUUGUGGGAUUAUCAUCUAUUUCCAUCCGAGGACUCUGUUCCCUUGAUCGGCUCCCAUUUAAAAGCUCAAUCCAGUACUUGAGCAUUCAACUGAAAAGUGGGAUUUCCUACAAUCAAGUGAAAAACGUCGUGGAUCAAUUUGGGAACUUAAAAAAGUAUAGAAUCGACUGAAACCACACUGUAUGUGGUCCCGAAUUCAAGGUCCCUCACAAUCCAGAAAAAAACAAUCGAGCAUUAUUGUUGCAUAAUUAUACUAUGCAUUUAUUUCCGAAAAGAGUAGUAGUACAGAUUAGUCACUUAAUAGUUCCAUACAAAUCAUCACAAGUAUUUAUAUACGAUCCGAAUGUUUUACCAUUAUUAGACUGCUGAUUAGUGAUUAGUGCUGAUUGACUGCAUAUCGUUCUUGAGAAUCAAAUAUUCUCAAUUACCGUGAUCUUCUUCAUUUUAUUAUUUUGUUAAGUUUCUUAAAUCUGUUGUCAGUGUUGUUAUUUUUUAUUAUUUUUGUUUACGAACUUCUUCACUGUAUCUUUUCAAUAUUUGUUGAAAUAAUUGAUUUCAAACCUCCUCAUGAUUCUCAAUACAUCACGUACUUAAAUAUACAUAUACGAGUAACAUUAAGUAUUUUCAUCUUCUUCACUAGUAAUUACUGUCACAGAUUAUGUAUAGCAUUUUAAAAUAAAUAAACGCAUUACGUGCGCCAAAAUUA